AAGAGCAGAGAAGGAAUCGCGUGGCCCUGGCGCUGCCUGAAGUCGCCGCAGCCCCGGGAGCAUCGCCCCCCAUCCCGCAGGAACUAUUUUACAUGACCCCUCCUUGGGUCCACCUUUUCAGAGCAUGCGUGUUUCCUGGCUGGAGUUUGGCUCCUUCUCUUUAUCACUUCCAGUUCGGGCCUUGGUCCACACUGCCUUCAGAUGGAACGCCGGAGUACAGCCCACCGGAGUGGAUCCUCUUUGGCUGCUACCAUGGCCAGCCAGCCACCAUCUGGACCCUGGGCAUCCUGCUCUAUCACCUGGUCUGCGGGCACCUUCCUUUCCAGACAAACGAGGACAUCGUCCGGGGCCAGCUCUUCUUCCCGCCCCGGGUGUCUCAAGAGUGCCAGCACCUCAUCAGGUGGUGUUUAUCCAUGGACCCUGCAGACAGGCCAUCACUGGAAGACCUUUUUGAGCAUUCUUGGCUGCAGGAGCCCUGCCUGGCCCAGGAGACAGCAGAGAUCCAUCCCUGUGCUCAGUAGGAUCCAGGAGCCCAGCAAGUACCAGCUGCACGUGUCUGGUGGCACUCCAAGAAAACCCUGGAGCGUUUCCCUGCGGCUGCGGCACGGAGGAGAGAGUGCAGCCGAGGAGAUGCUUCCGCUGGUCCCCGGCGAGUUGUGGAGGGAGCGGCUCAGUGCUCCCCGUGCCAUUGGAGAAGUGGUGGCAGUGCGGUGAAGGUGCCACGGACUGGAACAGGGGAAACAUCCCCCUGCAGCUCAAUGGCAUCAGGAUGUCCCCACAAGCCGAGGCACAGCUGGCGUGUUCUUCUGGAGCACCACGUGGAGCUGGGAACACCAUCCUGGAGCUGGUCGCUGGCGGGGCAAAGCCAACCGGCUUUAGCUGCGGCCCCUUCCUGGAGGACACGCUCUGCGCCCCGAUGAAAUCAAGAUGAGUCCCCAGCCAGCGCAGGGGCGGGGGGAUGCUCGUGCUUCCAGGCAUGGCAGGGCUCGGCCUGGCCACGCGCCGCAGGUUCCCCGCUCGGCAGCGCUGGGGAAUAUUAAUUUUUCCCCCGGCUGCCGAGCUGCUUUUUGGUGGGACAGGGGACGGAUGUUGUGGAAGGGGAGCCGGCUCCUGGCCUUGCUUACAGCUUCUGCCAGCCAGCCCGGCAUGGGCUGGGGCGGGGUCAGCCAGCCUGACAAAGCAUCCAUCCAUGUGGAUGGGGGCAGCAGAGGGGGAUGGGUUCCGAAGCCGUGCCCCAGCUGGUCUGCUUUGCAGGCGCUCGAGGAAGGGGUGCGUUUACGGGUGGGAAAGGUGGGGUUUUUCCCCACCCAUGGACAGGUUUUAUUCUCGCAUGGAGUGGUCAGACCCUCAUCAGGCCUGUGAAACGGUGACAGGCUGUGUAGGUUUUUCUUGUUUCCAGGUCUUGUUUUGAAUUGACUUUCAUGCAAUUGUUCUUUAUUUUCCCAGGAAGAUUACACCUGGUGCCCGGACUGGACGGGGAAGCGCCUGCACCGUCCGUGGAGCACAUCCAGUGCCAGCGCUACCCCAGGGGCCACGGCCUGCAGGGACAUCCCCUUCAAGAAGGUCAAGGACCUCGUGUGAGAUCGGCUCCUCUCCUGGCAGCAGGUCUGCAGAGGUGGGUACCCGGCUCCACAGCUGGGCUGGCAGAAGGGCUUCGGGCAGAGGGCAGCGGGCACACGGGCAUCCCGCCCUUGCAGCUGCUGAGGAGGCUGCUGUGCUGUGCUGAAGCGGAGGAGGUGGAACGUGGCCUGCCACGCUGCCCUUCUCUCGAAACAGAGAAUGGCUCGGGAGGUUUGGGCUCUGAGCACAGCCAGCAGCCUGGCCCGGGCA